AUGGUCGAACAUCAUGAUGCUUUGCUAAUAGAAAUUAUGGAUACAUAUAAACCACAUUUAAAAAUAUAUUCUUUGAGGUUAAAAACUUGGCAAACUGUAUUGGACAUCUAUAACCAAAGAGCAAACACAAAUUACAAACAAACAAGAACUUUAAAAAAUAGGUUUCUUAAAUUGAAAGCUAAACUAGAUUAUCAAGAUCCACAUCUUUCUUCUUUACUGAAUGGUGAGGAAAAUGUUGUUUUAUUAGAAAAAUUAGUUGCUGAGCAUGUUGCUUUUCAAGAUAAGCGAAUGCCUGGAUAUUAUACAAAGGCUGAAAAGGAUGAAUUAAGAAAUGGCACUAAUAAACAUUAUCAUAGUAACAAUAUUAAUAAUAUUCUCAAUAAUGAUGAUAAUAAUAAUAAUAAUAAUAAUGUAACUGAUAAUGGAGAACGAAAAAGGAAACUUAAUAAUACCGACAAUAAUACAGGACAUGAUAAUUUCAACAAUAACCACGAUAAUAUUUCCGAAUUUCCUCUAUCAAAACAACAACAAAGACAACAUAAAAAUACAGAGCAAAAACAUAGUCAUAUAGAAUGCUCUGAUACAGAUGAGUUUGGAACUCCCAUGGAAUUGCACUUAAGAGAAAAAUUUGACAACGAAGAAAAAUCAGAAGAAGACGAGAAUGAAGAGGAAGAAAAAAAAGAAUCAUCAAGGAAAAUAGAAAAUGAAAAGAACAAUCCAACUUCUAACAGUGACAAUAAUUACAUUAUGGAACGAGAUUCAGUCGAAGCUCCACCCUUAGAUGGUAUAACCAUUUUACCUCACACGGAAUAUCAAAAGCAACAUCAAAAUGACAGUCUUAGUAGUACAGGUAGUGCUGCUGCUAGGCAAGAUAGUAUGACAAAUACCAAUGUGUCUUUUUCUCCAACUUAUGAGACUCAAAGUAAUUCCUAUAAUAAUAAUAAUAAUAAUACUAAUAAUACUAAUAAUAAUACUUAUAAUAAUACUAAUAAUAAUAGCGUUCAAAGUAAUGAUGACGACUGUGAUAAUAUUAAUUCACCCAUUUCAAUCAUACAAAAUCGUCUUUUGCAUAAGGUAAAUCAAGCAAACCAAAAUCUCUUCACAACCACUGCAGACAAUAUUUUACAAGAAGUCUUAAAUCUGAUCAACAAUAAAAACAAUGAAGAUAGUGGCAAAAUUGAUAUUGAUACAGUAAGAAGUCUGAUACGAUCUGAAAUAAAAAGUGAAUUGGAACCUAUAACGGAUGCUCAAAACACUUUUAAAAAUACUGUUUUAUCUGAAAUUGAAAAUAUUAAAAAGCUAUUAAUAUUGCUCACCAAUAAUUCUUUAAGAUCUUAUUCUCACACAACGGAUAAUUCUACCUCUUCCUUUUCGGAAAAAUAUACAAAAGAAAGUACAUGA